AAAGUGCCCUUAUAAGUUUCCCUCCUUCAGUUCCUUCUCCAUUACACUGUUCUCCAUUCCCCAAAUGCCUUCUUCUUCCACAGUUAUCCACACAAUCGACGACGACGACGAAUUUGAUUGGGACUUAGCGGUGAAAGAAAUCGAUGGGGCUUUAGAAGCAACAGCAAUUUCCAACAGACCAUUUUCUUCUAAUUUUGCUUCUACUUCUCAUUCAAAUCACCAAAUUAAGGAAACCCAUAAAUACCCUUUUGCUCCUUCUUCUUCUUCUAGACAAUCCACACUUGAUAAAUUCUUCCAAAAUUCCACCAAACAGGACAAUCGAAACGAGCUCGGACAAAAGAACGAAGAUGAUUUUGAAUCUUGUGGCCCCAGUGAAUCAUCUCAUGGGCCUAGUGAUGUUAAGAUUGAUCCGGAGGCUGCAAAAACUUGGAUUUUCCCAGUCAAUUUUGAUCGUCGUGAUUAUCAAUUUUCUAUCAUCCAGACUGCUCUUUUUAGCAAUACCUUAGUGGCAUUACCCACAGGUCUUGGGAAGACAUUUAUUGCUGCUGUUGUAAUGUAUAAUUAUUUCAGAUGGUUUCCAGAAGGGAAAAUUGUUUUUGCAGCUCCUUCACGCCCACUUGUUUUGCAGCAGGUGGAAGCAUUGCAUAAGUUUGUAGAUAUUCCACAAGAGUGCACAAUUGAUCUGACAGGUCAAACAAAUCCGUCGAGAAGAGCGAGCUUAUGGAAAGAGAGACGAGUUUUCUUUGUUACUCCACAAGUGCUGGAGAAGGAUAUACAUUCUGGAAUAUGCUUCAUGAGACAUCUAGUUUGCUUGGUAAUCGACGAGGCUCAUCGCGCAAGUGGAAAUUACUCUUAUUGUGUAGUAGCUCGCCAGUUGAUGGCAUGUAAUGUCCAAGUCAGGAUAUUAGCAUUAACUGCAACACCUGGGUCUAAACGGCAGGCAGUUCAGAACGUGAUCGAUAACUUGCAAAUAUCAACACUUGAAUAUCGAAAUGAAACUGACCCAGAUGUGCUCCCAUAUGUGCAUGCUCGAAAGAUUGAACAGAUAACGGUUCCCAUGGGCAAAGAUGCUGAUGAAGUUGGUGAACUCCUCUUGAAAGUCAUAUGCCCAUUAGUGAAUCGGCUUAAUGCAUAUGGACUACUACUGAAUAGAGACUACCGGACAUUAAGCCCGCACCAAGUACUUGAAUCACGGUCAAGAUUUCGUGAAGCUCCACCUCAAAAUUUACCUCAAGUGAAGUUUCAAGAUAUUGACGGAUUACAUGGAGUUCUUGUAACACUUUACCAUUUACUGAAACUGCUCUCGAGCCAUGGGAUAAAAUCUACAUGUGAGAUGCUUGAAGAAAAGCUGCAAACCAAUAAGUUAUUUGGACGACAUAUGAGCAGAAAUGAAAUUCUUUUGAAAGCAAAGCAUUUAAUGCAGCAAGUUGUAUCUCAUGGUGCUCCUAGUCCUAAGUUAUCAAAAAUGCUGGAAAUACUCACCAAUCAUUUCAAUAACAAUGAUCCUAAAAGUUCAAGGGUUAUCGUUUUCUCAAAUUUUAGACAAAGUGUCAGUGACAUUUUGCUUGCUUUGAGGAGUUUACCAGAUUUUGUUAAAGCUACUGAGUUCAUUGGCCAAAGCUCAGGCAAAGCAUCAAAAGGCCAAUCACAAAAGAAUCAACAGGCUGUUUUGGAGAAAUUUCGGACUGGCGAAUACAAUGUCAUUGUUGCAACAUCAAUUGGUGAAGAAGGUCUGGAUAUCAUGGAAGUAGAUCUUGUCAUAUGCUUUGAUGCUAACAUAUCACCUUUGAGAAUGAUUCAGCGCAUGGGCAGAACUGGAAGGAAACAUGAAGGACGAGUUGUAGUUUUAGCUCACGAAGGAAGAGAGUUAAAAGGUUACUUGCAAAAGCAAACAAGCGGCAAGGCCAUUAUCAAAGACAUGAGAAAUGGGGGAAUUCGCUUUUCAUUUUAUUCCAGUCCAAGGAUGAUUCCACAUAUUUUUAAACCAAAAGUCCAGUUCCUCAAGCUAUCAAUUCCACAGUUUGUUCCUCGUGGAAAGAACAUAAAAGAUGCUAACCCUAUUCAAGUGUCUGCAUUGCUGAACAAAUUAAGUGAUGAAGAAGCAAACUUGCUUGCGAAAUAUUUCAAUUUUACUGGUCAGGAGACUCGGGACGCGUGGAGACCAUCACUUAUUGCCUUCCGUCAUUCUCAGGCAUUUCCUUCCAAAGUGCACAGAGUGGCGCAUUCAUUUAGAACAGUGAUGCUAAUAGAUGCCAUGCAACAUUUGCAAGAAAUAUCUUUUCCUCGAGAUAUCAAAGCUUCUAUCAAUGAGGAUGAAACUUUUGAAAAUUUAUCUAUGAAAGUUGAAGCCACCAAACCAUGUGAAGAAAAUCUGAAAGGCUGUUCUGCUGAAGAUGACUGUAAAACAGAACAACAGAAGGAGUCUGUACCCCUGCAAAGUCCAAAUAGUAAAAAGACGCUUUUACUGGACAUAUUUCAAGGGGAAAGCUCUCAUGCACAUGCCUUCCUAUUUGGCUCGGAAUUUGUAAGUGUUGAUGAUCAGGGGAGGGUUAUAGUCUCAUCUGUUGCCCAACUUUUUGUAAAAGAAACUUUGGUUUCUAAGUUUACAAGCACCAGAUUAUUUGAAAAGUUCAACCUGCCAGAAGAAGAUUCCCUUCAUGGUAAGGUUUCAGCGAAUGAGCUGGAGGAAAAGACUGAUGGAGUAAAAGACAUUUCUGCUACUCAGACAAGUGCAGAAACAAUUAAUUUGGAAGCAUCAAGAGUCUGUGUGUCUAAUGCACAGCAACAGAAGAUAUUUGAUCUCUGCGAGAAGAAUUUUCAAAGUCCAGAUCACAAGGUAAAACCAGAAGGUAAGAGCAUCAGUGAGAGUCUGGAAGUUCAAAUUUGUGGGACGCCAAUAGUAGAUGAUGAGCCAGACAAAGAGUUUGGAGAUAUGGAGCUUAGUCCACGUCUAACCAACUUUAGUGAUGUCGAGUUUGUCCCGGAAUCUCCUAUAACUGAAUCUCCUAUAACUGAUGGGGUAUUGCAGGAUAAAGGUGCACAGUUCAUGGUUAAAGACCUUGUUUCAACACCAAAAGAAUCGUCAGAACAGAAUGAAAAGACUGCAGGUGGCAUUAGCACCUUUGGAAAAGAUAAUGCAAUGUCAACUCCUAUACAAAACAUUCAGAGUAAUGAACCGAGAAGUUGCAAGUACACUUGUCUAAUUGCUGAAGAUAAUCAAACUCCUAUGGCAAAAUUAUCAAGCAAAACCUCUAGCAAAGACUGGCAACUUGGCUCUACAGACAAAUCAGAGAGCAUUGGACAAAAACCGAAGUUUAGAAGAUUGCGCAAACACGGUCCAGACAAGCAAAACACUGGUACUUCCCGAAAACGAACAGCUCCUUGUGGCACUGACAGUCAUACUGGUUUCAAGCAUGGAAGAGCUAUAGGUGAGAAACGGCAGCCAAACAUUGUGACAGACUUCAUUGAAGAGGAAGCUGAGGUGUCUUCAGAAGUUUCAGUAUCCGAUGAUGAGGAGGAUAAGCAGGAUUACAGUUCAUAUGAUGAUAGUUUCAUUGAUGACAAGAUAAAUCCAACAGCGGCAGAUAGUCAAGCCGAGGCUGGUGAAGUUGAUAUGAUAGCGAUAUACAGGCGUUCAUUGCUCACUCAGUCACCAAUUCCAAACCUUUCAAACGAUUAUACUCCUGAUUCUGAGGUUCCAACUAGCAGAACAGAUGAAAGCAAGAGCUCAUCUGCAACAGCAAAUCAUCACAUACCUCAAACUGACCCAAAGUCAAUAACGAGAAAUUCCUUGAACUUUCAGCAAAGUAUUAAUAGAAUUGCACCAGAAGCAGUACCAUGCUCAACCACUUGCUCUUUGAGAGAAAACGAUAGCAAGUUAGAGAGCCGGAAAAGAAAGUUAAGCUAUUAUCAGGCAACUUCACUGCCCGUUGUCAAUUUACACGACGAGUUCUCUCUUCAUUCUAAAGCUGUUGGUGUAAACUCACAUCUUUUGGAAGAAGCAGCAAAGAAUGAAGUUGGUGAUCCAUUUGAUGAUGACCAGUUCUUUCAAAGUAUCGAUCUUGAUGCAAUGGAAGCAGAGGCUGCUAGAAUUCUUAGAAAUAAAUCACAGUCCUUGGUUCGGAAUACAGUGAAUUCAAUACCUAUUACACAAAUUCCUGAUGGCGGAAACUCUCCUUCAUUUGAUCUGGGAAUUUAGUUUUUUUGUCUCGAUUGUUAAGUUGGUGUUACAGCUCGAAUGAUCAGUUAUAUAAAGGGAAAAGAAAUUAUUUAUUAUCCGCAUCAUUUAAUAGUUACAGGAAAGCCAGUCGUGACGCAAAUGAGGCGUAUGUAAAUGCAAGGAAUAUGGGAACAUUUUGCUGUAUAUAAUUUCAAAGAUAUUGUUUCCCUA